AUGAUUGCCAAAACAUUCGUUACUGCUUUUAUCGCAGCGUCCUUCAUGGCUAGCUCUGAAGCUAGUCCAUGCAAGGUCAGCUCCAGAACAACUGAUGCGCUGACCGUUGGUGAGAUUUCAUCUACGGCAACGGCAACUUCCACUGAGACAGCAGCUGCGACUGAGACCCUCGUCUCUUCUUCUGGUGUCUCUUCCGUUGAAACCACGGCUCUCACUGCUGGCCAAUUUGACACGACCUCCGAGGCGUCUACUAUCUCGGACGAUGCUACUACGACUGUUGCUGUUGCGACUACGGACCUGACCUCCAUUGUCGUCGAGAGCACCACCGAGGCAUCUAUCACUUUCGAGGAUGCCACCACUACUGCAGUUUCGACUGCAGACUUGAGCUCAACUGUGGACGAGAGCAGUAUCGAGACUUCGACUGUCUUUAUGGAUGCUACUACCACCGAUACGCCGACCACGGAGAUAAGCCCUGCCACCACCGAGAGUACAACAACCGCCGAAGCCACCACCACUACCAUCGAAGCACCCAUCGUUCCUACAUUCCUCGUCAAUUCGGGCCUGGACGACGAAUCCGACACCACACAACCAUGGGACUUCCUCUUUAGCACCACCUCGGUCUCGCUAUCCCUCUCUAGCACGACCAAGCACGAGGGUAGAAACUCGGCAAAACUUACAUUUAUGGAUGAGGCGUCAAUUUACGUCCAGCAACCACUUGUAUCGUCUAUUGAAGCAGGUGUUCCAUACUCGGCGUCAGCCUGGGUUCGUGCUGGACUUGGGUGUACCCACGCGUAUCUCUUCUGUGGUUACCCCAAUGGCAAUGCUCUUGAGAUCCAGGACGUUGCUGUGGGUGGCACGGCAGAUCAGUGGUUGCUGAUUACGAAUACCUGCAAUUAUAGUCGGGAUCAGGUCAUGGGGGGCGGCUUGUACCUGGCUGUGGGAUUUGUUUGUUUGCCGGGCUCCACGGCUUGGUUCGAUUCAGUUAGCUUUGAGCCGUAG